AUGUUGAGAUUGGUCGCACUCUGUGGUUGCACAAAAGAUGUCACCACUCUCUGUCACCAGCUCAACUAUAUAAUAGCGAUAGCUGCUAUCUGUAAGAAAAAAAUAUUUAUCUACAGUACUGUAUCUCUGUGUCUUCCUUCUCCAUUACAGAAUGCCACAUUUGUGAAGCUAGAUUUCAUAAACAAAAAGAACAGCCCCUUGACCAUGAAGGUUUUAAUCAUCACUGCUGAUGGAUAUGUGUCCUCUAUAGAGGGCACCAGUUUCUCCCUCUUGUUUAAUCGUGUCUGCUCUCCUAAGCAGAAUGGCAUUGAAGAUGUUUGGAAAGAUGACCUACAAGGCUUUUCAAAGUUGCAGAUGUUAUUGCUGGAACACAACCAAAUAUCCAGGUCUUUUCACUCUCUCAGCAAGUAGCACUACCUGCAGGUACUGGGGCUUAGCAUCUGGAUUUUUCUAAUAACUAUUUCCAACGUUGAGAAAGAUGCCUCCCAGACCAAGCCUCAACUACAGGAAAUGGACCUUUCCAGAAAUAGGUUGGUCCACAUAUGCCAGAUGUUUACUCCAUGGAAACUGUUAGUCCUUCACAGCCUAUAAUGAGUGGAGCUGCACUUGGAGAUCCACUUCUUUCCUCAGUUAAACUACAAUAACUCUUCUACUUACAGACCCAGGAAUGUCAAAGAUCUAAACUGGCAGGCAUCCACUACAUCUAUGGCUGCUGGAAAGAGUGUGAUGAAGUUGUCAGAUAUCAACUGUGAUUCCAAGGCUCCCAACCUCACUCUGGUUCUAAAGGACGGAAGUACCCUACUUCCAGGGCAUGAUGUGGCCUUACUGACUGUUCUUGGUUUUGCAGGAGCUGUUGGUCUCACUUGCCUAGGCUUAGUUAUAUUUAACUGGAAACUCCAACAAGGAAAAGCAAAUGAACAUAUAUCAGAAAAUCUUUGUUGCAGAACCUUCGAUGAAUCCCUGUGUGCUCAUGAGGCAAGAAAUUACCAGGCUCAAGGAUACUGUAACUGCCACUUAACUCAGGAAAACGAGAUAAAGGUCAUGUCCACUGUGGGGUCCCGAAAGGAAAUGCCACUUUCACAGGAAAAUAGCCAUCAACUAGCACUGGCCCCUGAAUCCACAGUCCUUGACGGAUCAUUUAGAAACCUGAAAGGCAAGAGCCAUGGGGCAGACAGCACUUUCUUCUGUACUGGUGGCAGAUUGUUGAAGUCUGGAUGUUCAAAGCCUCCUGAGAAUAUGACAGCUUUUAAUGAAGCUGCCUUACUUUCAAGAUACUCUCCGGAAAGAUUUGAAAACCCAAGAUAUCUUGAGUCUGGGAAAGUCCAACCUAAAAGUCGUCUACAGCACAAAACAAUAGAUAUCAGCAAUGACACAUUUGGUAGAAGAUAUGCAACACCAGCUUCAGCCUUGGCAAGAGAAAGUCUUGAAAAGCAUUUCACAAAUGAAUCAUGGCAGCCACCAAUAGAAAAGGGAGACAAUGGCUUACAACCUCACAGGCAGAGACAUUUCAUUACAAGCUUCUCAUCUAAGCCUGAGGAAUGCUAUGCACAAAAGAUCUUAGAAAAACAUAAAUCAAAAUGUCAUGAUUCUUUUGGACUAUUGGAAAAGAACAGAACUGGGUAUUUUCAGCCAAGUAAUUCUCUUAUCUGUAAAUAUGUGUCCUGUGAUCAAUUUCUAGAUUAUAUGAAGGAAAGAAAGCCAAAUCAUAGGAAACAUUCAAAACCUGAAAAAGAACAACUCCAAAUUAACAGUGCAAUAGAAAAGUUCCUUAUGAAUGAAGACAAUAAGAAGUUAACAUAUUUACCAACAAAAAUCAAGGAAACAUAUACCCCAAAGAAGGUUCAUUUCCAUGAUUUUGAUUUAACUGAGAAAAAUAGAUUUGUGACUUUACACAAAAAAUCAACCCAUUUGAAACAGCAGGAAAAUACAAUCAAUUUGGAUCUCAAAAAAUGCAACAAAUCCCAGGAGAAAAAAAGAGCAGAUAUAUGGCUCACUGACCCACAGAUUCUGAAAAGAAAGAGAACCAAUCAGUCUGAUCUCAUAGGGAAAAUAAAAGGAGAAAAAUUAAGGAUCAAAUUAAAUUUACAUCCUUUUAGAAAAGUCAGAGUCCAUCCAGAAAAUACCUUACCUGUACUCCCAAAGAAACGCAAACGUGUCUUGUUAUUCCCUAAUAAAUUAUAUAAAGCUUCUGAGAAAGAAGCCAAAAUAAAACUUAUGACCUCUAUAGAUUUCCAUCAACAGCCAGAGAGUAACAACUAUGUUAGACUCACUUCAAAGCAGUUUCCUCUCAAACAUGCUCCAAAGCAGAACCAGUACUAUAAAAAAAUCACUAAAAAGGCCCUCUUGCUCAGUGCUAACAAUUUAUCUGUAGAAAGCCAAAGUCCUGCGAAAGACAAUAGCAACUAUAAUGGGCAUAUUCCACAUGAAAACUUAACAGUAUUACCUCAACAAACAUAUAUUCUAGCUGAGUACAAGGACUCACAUACUCAGUUCUCAACUGAGCAAAUGAAAGGUGCAACUCAUGUCUCAUUGGAUGUACCAAGUAAUAUAGCAGCUACUGGGAAAAGCACAGCAAAUGAUAGUUUUCCAUUUCAGCAUUCCAGGGAAGCCAAGGACCAAGGGACAAUAGAGUUCACUAAGAACUUAGAACAAAACAAAUUGAAGACCAGUGAACAAGUUUCUUGGUCCUUUGGGAAUCCAAAACAACUUCUAGGUGUCUAUAAGGCUGGUACCUACGAGGAAAAUCUUCCAGAUAAAAAUCAAACUUUACAACAUGUUGAACAAGAUUUAAGUUCUGAAAUACUUGGAGAUAAAGAAAAAACAAUGACAAAAUGCCAGACAUCACCUAAUAUAGCAGAAAGUUGUGUUAUGGAUGAAGGAAAUUAUAUAGGAAAAGAGUGUCUGAAAAUAGAAACAGGAGAUUCCUUUAGCAUUUCCCAGACACAAUUCAACAGCAACCUAACACUUAUGAAUAUAAAUUCUAUUCCAUACCAAAAUAGAAUAGAGCUUUCCAAGGAUAUAAGUUCUUCUCUCCAUACUCAAGACUCUUGGCAGCUAACCAAUAAGAGUGAAAAAGGAAUUGACAGCAUAAAUGCACUGUCCAGAGAUGAUGGCACUGAAGCACUAGAGAUAAAAAUAAUAGAGAAAGAAAAGAAAAAAACACCUGAUAAAAGCAAGGCAAAUUUUAGCACUCUGAUUCAGACUGCACAGAUGACCUUAAAAAGCACCACGGAAGUAAAGCAGCAGACUUGGGAAAAUGGAAAAAGAGAAAAACAUGAAUUAUAUGAUUCAAAUUCUGGUGAGACCACCAUUGUGGAUGUGAAUGUUAAAAGCUCCCAUGAAAUAGAAAAUAGAGUACCUGGUAGUGAAAAUGAUCUUCAAAUUAACAAAGAAAUACAUGAUUUGAGUGACAUUCAAAAUAUUCAACCAGAAAAAGAUAACAGAAUACACGAAGAAGAUGCAUUGACAAUGGAAACACAAGAAGCACUUACAUUCUUGCCAGAGCUUAAAAGCAGUAGUUUUGAGGCAGAAAAUGGAGUGGCUCUAAUUCCUAGAAAUAAUGAAGUUGAAAACUCUGCUCCACAACCUACUCUAUAUUUACCAUCUGCAGAAUAUGCUAAUGCAUCACUUUCAGAGACAGAACAAAGUGAACAAAAUAACUAA